AUGUCGGCAAACUAUCUGAAUAACUUUUUUGCCAAGUCAAGCGCUGUAGCAUAUCACAAACAACAUGCAUCAACAUGGAGCAAGGCCUUCACUGUCGAUUUUAGAGGCCCCGAUGACUACGUGAAGGAGCUGGACCGUCCAUUAAAUCAAAUGGCCAGCAGCGGCAAUACAACGACUUACUUCAACUGCGUGACCAUCGUCCAAUCUUCCGGCUACGGCAAAACAAGAACCAUUCUUCAACUCGCACAUUGGCGGCCUCUAAUAUAUAUAUGCUUUCGAAAGGACGACUCCAGUGAAUACCCUGCUGCCCACUCCUCAAAGAUCGGUAUACACGGACAGGAGUCCGAACACGCGAACGCCUUUGUUCCAGAUUGGACAGUACAAUACGGGGGAUGGGGGGAGAUCGUGAUAUCGAAAUCGUACUAUGACACUCCCGAAACUGAUUCUGCCAGUGGCAUCAAUAACCGGUUCAUACUCCUCCAUGGGCUCAAUCCAUUAAGCUCCGUGAAGCAAAGAGGAAAUUUUUUUCAGAGUUUUUUGCGCACAUCGAAUGAUCCAACUCGAAUAUGCAAGGAGAAUGAGCAAGAAUUCUUGUUCCGUAUGACGCCCUGCGAGUAUGCUGAUCAUAAUAAGAAAAAGAUCAUUUCCUUUAGAACAGAUGUUGCCAAGAAACCCCGCAAAAACAGAAACAAGAAACGCGAAAAUCUAAUGACUAAAAAUCAGGCAACAUAUCGCGAAGCAAUAAUAAUACUAAUGGCCAGCUGA